UUGUCAGUGACUUCUUGUUAGCCAGCAACAUGCCUGGCUAACAACAACGUGCAGACACAGGGGCAGCUGAUACAGAUUUUUAUAGCUGUGAAAUCCCGUAAUGCUCAUCAGUGAUGCUGUGGUAAGGCUGCAAGCAGAGAGCAACUAAACAACCCUGUCUUGCAGACCAGAAGGGAUGUCAGAAGAGCCAGAUCUACAAGAAGAGGUAGGUCCCAUGAAGCUGUUGGAAGAGUUUGCCCCUACACUUGUCUAGUGAACGUGAGCCCUUAAGGAAUCUAAAAAAACAAACCCAGAAGAUCUUCUGAUCAUCUAAAUACAUCCCAUCCAAAUCCAAAAAUGAAGAAAACCUGAAGCUACAUUACAGCUGGAAUUGUCCCAUGAUCCAGGUUUUUUUUCAAGUUCUGGAGGUAGCAGGGCAUUUGCUUGCUAACUGAACUGAAACUUGUGCUCCACCUUGGAAAGAUCUGCAGUGAGAGACAUUCACCUUCACAUACCCCACAGUUCUCUGCAUCAGAAGAAAGGGACUUCAUGUGCAAGAGUGGUUCAAGAUGAUGAUGUAACCUUGAUAACGCUGAAGGUCUCCUGAGAAUAACUGACUUUGUAAAAGGCUUCUCCCUCCCCUCCUCUUCCUUUUUUUUUUUUUUUUUUUUAAAUAACUUCCUCUCAGAAACUGCAGGCAAGAUGCCAGCCAAGACACCCAUCUACUUGAAAGCUGCUAACAAUAAGAAAGGGAAGAAAUUCAAACUAAGGGAUAUCUUGUCUCCUGAUAUGAUCAGUCCACCACUUGGAGAUUUUCGUCACACCAUACACAUUGGAAAAGAGGGACAACAUGAUGUUUUUGGAGACAUCUCCUUUUUGCAGGGCAACUACGAGCUAUUGCCUGGAAAUGAAGGAGAAACCAGAGUUAGCCAGUCUGGUGGCCACAAUGAAUUCUUAAGGGCAAACAGCACUUCUGAAUCCAUGUUUACAGAAACUCCAUCACCAGUGCUCAAAAAUGCUAUUUCCCUUCCUGCCAUUGGGGGUUCUCAAGCCCUUACGUUGCCCUUAUUGUCACCAGUGACAUUUAAUUCAAAGCAAGAAUCCAUCAGAUCAUCAAGAAAUCCUAGGCUUAGCUGUGAGCCCGUAAUAGAAGAAAAAUUGCAGGAGAAAAGUAAACAGAUGGAGGAUGGAGAAACAUACAAAGAUGACAUAUGGGAGCAAAAUGGUGGUUCUUCGCAUUUUACUAAUGGUAGAGAUAGUCACUCAUCCAGCUUUUCUGAACGAUGCACGGAUUGGCAAACAGUUGAUUUAUUUGAUGACGGUCAACUUUCAUGUGAACUAACCAAGGCAAAGACUAAGUCAGAAGAAUCCCUUUCAGAUCUUGCAGGCUCUCUUCUCUCAUUACAACUUGACUUGGGACCUUCACUUUUGGAUGAGGUCCUCAAUGUAAUGGACAAGAAUAAAUCUUAGAACUGGUACUCCCUUGCUUCUUUAUAAGUGAUUCACUUAAACAAAAACAAACAAAAAAACAUAGUUCAAAAGUAGAGACACUUAAAAAUCAGCUGUAUUUGCAGUUGUUUGACGGGUUUUCUAAAAAUAUUCUUAAAAUACUAUUUUUUUACCUAUUGUUUUUCAUUAUUUUUAUUACACUAAAUUCUCAUAGCAGGAAGGUAAAUUUUAAUAACAGUUUUCAACAAAUAUGAAACGUUUUUAAGUACCAGUAUUAAUGAUCAGAAACUUAAGAAACAGUUUGAGGAUGAUACUGAUUGUGACAUUUGGUUAGUUCACUUCUAUGGGCUUCUGAAUAUAUGAGAAUCUCUAAGGGUCAGAAAGGAGACUGAUAUUAAUUACUCACUUUUAUAAAUUAUUACGACAUCACUUUACAUGUAGACCUCUUUCUAGAACCUUGUGUUUGAGGGUUUGAUAGUGUUUUUCUUCAUUUUUUCCAUAGUACCAUUUCUGUUAUACCUUCACUGUAACUACUUUCUCGGUCUUAUACUACCAUUCUGUAUUCAGAUGUGAACAAUUUGAAGGCUUUUUCAGUUUGAACACCUGGUCCAGAGUCUCAGCUGCUUUAAAUGAGUAUGCACAAAUUUACACAAGUUGAGGCUUGGGCCUGACAUUGUAUAUGAAAUGAUAUGUUGUAAACAGGUGACACAUGCAAGAUAUUAUGGUUAAAUUAUUUUAAAAGUUGAAAUAUAUUUUUUGUGUGCAUAUUGGUUUUUUACUGCAGAGCCUACACAUACAGCAUCUCAUCAAAAUAGUUGCUUGGCAUUAUUGGUGGUCUUCUGAAAAUUGUAUAUUUGUGUGUUUGAAAAGAAGUAUGUAUUGAUACUCCUCGCUUUUUUUCUUCAUUUAUUGCCACACAUGCUUAAACUUGCAACCGAGUAUUUUAAUUUUUGAAGAAGGCACUGGUUAUUCACAAUGCUUGUGAUGUGUGCUGCAACAGCCAAUGUUUUGGGAAAUGUGGAUCCUUUAAUACAGUACCUACAUGGAUUGCAUAGAUAUCUUGUGCAAUAUAAUAAACAAAACUUUAAAUUGC